AUGGAGAAGGUAGCAACAACAGCGUCUACGGCAGCUUUAAGAAGAGGCAUAAACAAAAAGGAGAAGGAAAAAGGGGAGGUAGUGGAUGGAGGUUCUGCAAGGCGGAAAAAAGGCAUCAAUGCAGUGGAGGGGGGACAAUCUUUAGGUGAUUCAGAAGCGCGUCAGCGUCAAUUACUCUUGUCCCGGAAGGAUGCGGUAACGCCAAUACCUGAAGUGGCUCUCCGUAUGUUCAACAUCGCCAUGGAGGAUCUGUGCAACAAAUACCUUCAGGAUUAUUACACUGCUGCUGGAAACCUGUUUCUUGUACACUCCCGACGGCUGUCACCACAGACGAACGGGCCACGAAGCUCGCAACAGGUGCAAUCACAACGACACCCUGAAAAAGUAAUACAAAAAAUCAGCAGCGUGCCAGUCAAAACCGCGAGCUCUGAAAGGCCUUCACAGGCGCCGUCAAGGGGGUGUUCGACGUCAUUUAGAAGUUCGCGACUCUCAGCCGGUACUGCCGGGGCGGCAACAAUAACGAGAAGUAGCCAAAGCAUUCCUCUAAGCAUUAGGCGUCCAACAAGUCUGUUGUCAAGUUCCAAGGUGGCGCAAUCCCGGAAAGACCGCAGCACUUGCCAGGGCGGUACCGGCACCACUGAAGAUAUUAAUCACACUUCAGCCUCGAGAAAUAAGGCCAGCCGGAGCGAAUUCAUGGACGCACGGACCACGGCUGUGAGUGACGAGAGGCAGCGAAGCCGAUUGUUCACGAUGUGUAGCGGGACGACCUCACCGAGCGCAGGGAACUCUUCGCGGCGGUGGACUGCUGCGGGUGCGGAGGCAAAUCAGACUCAUCCCUCCGGUGCCUCAAAAACCAGCGCCAAUAGCCCCGCAAGUCCGGUGCCACGGAUUCCAAUCUCAAAGGUUUGGAAGGCAUCUGUCUCUAGCCGCACAGCGGAUAGGCAAUUAGAAUCACCAGGUCGUCUCACAGAACCAUUGCGCACACGCCUGUAUGCAACGGACGCGGAAGUCUCUCCAGAACAUCGCCGCCAGACUUCACCGAGCCUGCUGUCACGUAAACAUCGUGAAUCACGUGCUUCUGCGACGCCAGCGAAGCCGGAGCCACCUCUGAACGAAUCGUCGCGGCAUCCGAGGGCAUCUUCCGCCACCACGCCACGGAUGUCGAGAGUUUCAGCGAGUAGCACUCCACAGUUUUCAAGGCGGUCGCUCGUGACAACACCGCGCGUGCCUCACAGGCCUUCUGUGCGUCGUGCAGGUGAAAGUCCCCAUACCUCCGUCUCCCGCCUAACCACUCCGAGGCAGUUACGGCCCUGUACGCAUUGCAGCGGGCGUGGAAUUGAAGGUGGUAUCAUAGGUUUGGUUUCCUCCACCCGCUCCGCUGACUUGGCGAAGGAAAGUGUGGAUUGCUCUACGGAGUACCGACUGGAGUGGUCCUGCACAAACAGUUGUGCUCAGAGUUACACUCAACAGACUUCUUCACAACGCCGAAGCACCGCCCUCGUUGGCCCCAACAGAAGUACGCUUACGGGUGUGUUUGAAUGGCCUGUUGGGAGACACACCCCGCUUUCGCGACCGUACUCUCAAACUGCGGUACCUCGUGGCUCAAUUACGCGUGAUGGAGGGUGUCCAACAACUGAUGUGACGCCACCUUCCCCACUUGUGAGAAGUUUAACACUCAUUUCAGAAAGUGUAAAUGAAACUCCAGCGGAAUAUAUAUCACGGCAUUUUUCUUCGUGCGUGAUAAACUCAGUUCUUGAAUGUGUUCGUGUGAAGAUGGGCGGCAGGAAGUCCGACGAAGCGGAUCCGAGAGCAGAUGAGCUCAAUGGUAGUGAUAGCAGUGACGAUACGGAUAAGAUCGGUAAUGGUGAUGCAACAAAUGAUAUUUCGUUGGGGCUUCAGAAAGGCGAUCUUUUGCUUGAAUGCAAUGGACAGCCGCUAUCGGGCGCAGCGUCUCUGCAGGAGAUUAUCAGGAAGGCGCUGCUUUGUGAUAAUAACACGGUGCUUUUGAGAGUCCUCCGUGGCGCUGACAGUAUCGCGGUGCGUGAGACGUUGCUAAAGGACAGUUCUGCUGUUAGGAUUGUUGAACCAGUGAUGUGA